GAAAAUUUUGAGGCAUAAGGAGAAUAUUUUGAGGCACUAGCUGGUUUUUGACCUUGAACUUUGUUUGGAAUAAUGUCUAUGAUUGGUUACGAUGUUCCAUGUUUAUUCUAACAGUGCAUUUUAUUGGUGCAUUUUAUCAACUCCCUCAAGUACAGCAAGCGUACCUCACUAUUUUCGACUUUCGACUUUCGAGAUACUAGUAUCGUUAACAUUUACCGCACGCAAUUUCUUCUGAAAAUGGAUAGAGAUUGUUUUCUAGAAGCCCAAGAGGCAAUGAACAGCAACAACAAAGAAGCUCUGUUGCUUCUGUACAACGAGCUACGCGGGCAGUUGAAUUCAAAGCCAAGAUGUUCAUCUUACUUGCUUCGAUCAAAACUGGGCAAUUCACUGUACCGGCAUAUUGUCGCUGAGACAUAUAUUCCAAGCAGUAUGAAAUCGCAGGGAAAGAUCUACACUGCAAUCAGAUCUCAAGCAUCAGGGAAUUGUUUUUACAGCUCAGUAUCUUUGCUGCUUGUAGGAGACAACAGCUUAGUAAGUAUUUUAAGAAUACUGACUUCCCUUGAGCUAUACCUUCAUUGUGAUUUUUACAAUAAACAUCCUGCAUUUUCUUUGGCAGUGACUGAGCACCAUGACCUUAGUCUUGUUAAUCUUUUGCCAUUAUCAGUAUCGGCCUCAUGUUUAGAUUCCGGCUUAAAGAAUGAGGAUUAAUUAAGCAAGAAGCUAUUUUAAAUUGUUAUGAUGGUACCUGGUCACCUUUCUUGUGUAUUCUGGGCUUAUCAUCAGUUAUUGGUAAUGAAAUAUUUACUUAUUAUCCAGAUUGUGGGGACAUAAGACCCAAAUUACUUUUUAAUAGACAUGUAAACCCUCGCUAGGCAAAUGAAGCAAUUGUGAAGGAUGUUGCUGUUCACAUAUUAUUCUGCUAUGAAGGCAAGGUUAAGUCUGGCGAGAGCUUUUUGCCAAACCAUUAUGUUCCUCUUCUUUGCUCAACAAAAAAUGAAAAACAUAAAA